AUCGUUUAUAAUGUCCAGCAAAUCGUGUCUGAAAGCCCCAAGUUAGACUCGACCUCCACCCUCUCCAAAUCCACUUAGUCUAGUGUAUAUCUGCAAUCUGCGUGCAGUCAUGUCGACUUCCUCCACCAGACCUUCGGAUAACCCGUUCUUCAUCCAUCAAGAGACCAGACGCCCUACGGAUGGUGAUUCAAACAACCAUCUCUCUCGGCUGUCCUCGACACCUUCGACACCGGAAGCUGCAGCCCAUGUCAAUCCUUUUUCUCCUCCUGGUAGUAUUCGCAGCUUCAGUGUAGAUGUUCAUUCUCUCGGCACUCCAGCACCUCCGGUCCCCGUCGUUCCACGUAGCGGCGUCGCUUCCAUGCGCGCCAGUACACAGGAUCUUCCACGAAACCCCUCCUACUACGGCAGUAGUCCGGGAAUCAGUGAUGUGCCCACUCGUACUUCCUCUGGUAUUCGUCUGCGCGAAGCAUUUGCAGCACCUCCAGUCCGCCAAGUCACCAUGUAUAGCACGAUGAAUUUUGAAGCAUCGACACCAGUCAAGCCAGUCAAACGCCUCAAGUCCACUCUGCUUGAACAUCCUUCUACCAUCGACAAGUCUUGGGUCAAGGACAAGGACACUUAUUCUCGCCUUUCGUACUAUGUCACUUAUGGUGCCGCAUUCCUUGGAAUUAUCGGAGCAGCAGUCAAGUGCUACUAUGGAUACAAGAGCGUUCCCGUGAUCGGAAAUUUGUGUAUGAUCAUGGAUGAGGAGUUCAAUGACAAUGAAAGCGUGUUUGGAGCUGGUGGAAACUGGUUCCGGGAGGUCGAACUAGGUGGUUUCGGCAAUGGCGAGUUCGAAAUGACUACAGAUUCGCCGAAUAACUCUUAUGUGUCGAACGGUUAUUUAUAUAUCACGCCAACGCUCACCUCGGAUGCCAUCGGAACUGCAAACGUCUUAAACGGAUACACCUACAAUCUGACAGAUUGCACCUACAACGUCACUAACCCGGUAUCUUCAUCAAGCUCAGGAAAUGGCACUACCUUUGAUGCAACGGCGUACUACCAAUCGUGUGGUGCGGUCAGUAAUAGUACUGCUGGUACCGUCAUCAACCCCGUGCAAAGUGCGCGUAUCAGCACGCGUAAUACCACGAGUAUUAAGUACGGUCGUGUUGAGUUCUGGCCUGCCAUUUGGAUGCUUCCCGUAAACAAUACAUAUGGCCCUUGGCCUCUCAGCGGUGAAAUUGAUAUCAUGGAAUCACGCGGUAACCCAUCCUCGUACCCUGACCAGGGCAUCAACUAUGUUCGAGGCUCGCUUAACUGGGGCCCCAUCUCGUUCCUCAACGCCGUCUACAAGACGUUCGGCUGGUGGACACAACGCCGUGCUGAUUACGGACAGAGUUUCCACACAUACGCGUUGGAAUGGACCCCAGACUUCCUCCGAAUUUACGUAGACUCACGUUUGCACUACAUGCUCGAACUCUCAUUCAACGAGCCGUUCUUCACUCGAGGCGACUUCCCCACUGUCGUGCAGAAUGGAACCCAGGAUAUUGUGCUGCAGAACCCAUGGGUCAACGGCACGAAUGCUACUCCAUUCGAUCAGCCUUUCUAUCUGAUCCUCGAUCUCGCGGUAGGAGGCACUAAUGGAUGGUUCCCGGAUAACGCUGGCGGGAAACCUUGGUUAGACGGUUCUGACACUGCGAUGCGUGAUUUUGCCUUGGCGCAGGACACGUGGUACUCGAGUUGGGCUCCUAGCGUUGAAGACAGAUCGCUCGUCGUUGAUUAUGUCAAGAUGUGGCAACUUUGCUGAGGAUUUCAUGCUUCUGCUUCAAGGGAUUCUGGUUCGAGUUCACGCUAAAAUAUCUCACUGAUGGACUGUUCCUGUAAUAUCGGUUUAUACUUACUCUUUUUUUAUUUCUUGGGGAACCGGACUGGAACUUUGUCGCUCACCUAUGCACAUCAAUAGAUUAUCAUACUUAACCUGUAUUUCACGAUACCUUAUGUCACGAUGGUUUUCUACUCU